UUUUUGAAGGUUUUAAUCUUAAUAAACUUUUGAUUAUUGAAGAAGAUAAAUCUUGGUGGGAUUGGAAUGCUUUUGCCGUUGCAAUGAUAGGACUUGUUCAAGUCAUUGCCGGAGCUGUUUUAGUAGCCUUUGGUUUGACUCAGAUAGGCAAUGCUUUAAUAUCAGGUAUUUUUAGUUGGAAAGAAUGGGCAAUACAAAAAGCAAUUAGCUUCGGUCUCUCUAUGUUGACUGCUGGAAUUGGAAAGUUUUUGACGGAUAAAAUUAUGGAACAGAUUCAAGAAAAUGUUUAUACAAAAGAUUGUUAA